CCUAGCCCUUGGGCCUUGUUCGCGAGGUUGCCCCUACUUUCCGUAGUGCCUUUCCGCCGUUUUUGCUCUGAAUUUUAUCCUUCCUCCAAGGACACUCCAUUGGUGGUUAUCCAUCCUCCAGCUCCUAGUUUUCUAGGCAGAGCUCUUGUUUUAGUGGAGGGCUCGCCCUUGCUUUCUGGUCCAGUGUAGCAGUCUAAUAUCCUGACGGACUACAAGAAGACAGUCACGCACAAUGGAUAUGGGUGACGCCGUUGUAGGGUGCUUGGAGGUAGAAGUCCAAGGACUGAACGGAGCUUUCUACCGGGCUUUCGUUCUAGACCUUGUUGAAAAUGACGUGGUCAUUGGCUUCGAAGAUAACUGGCUUCCGAACAAAAGAGUACCUGUCAGCCGAAUUCGCCUCCCUGACCACAGUGAACGUCAACUGAGCUGGGAAAGGAAUGAAGACGUUGAGGUCCUUUCCAGGGCGAAGGAUACUGAAGCCUGCGGCUGGUGGCCAGCCAUUAUCUUGGACUGGUCAAGAGGAACUGAGAUCUGCACCAUCCAGUACAAAGUCGACAAGAAUUUCACAGAAGUUGUAAAUGUCAAUAGACUCCGUCCACCGAACAAGAAUCCACCUUUGCAAGCUGAAUCUUUUUUCAAAUGCGUUAUUGAAGUUCCCGAGGAGGUGCGCCAUGCGUGUGAAGAUAUGGCACUCCAUCGUGACCUGCUUGUUGCAUGCCGGGCAAGUAUCCUACGCGGUGACAACAAGACGGGUACCCUGACACUUCUGUCAACGUCAUCAGACACCGUAACACGCGCUCGCAUGUUGGCGGACUUGCACGUCCGCAGCCUGCAGACUAAGGUGAUGCUGAAGCAGCGUGGAGCUGCUGCCGCCGCAGCUAGCCUCAUGGGAAUGCCACAGAUGACUCGCCCCUUCCCACUACCCGAGAUUCCAAACAAUCCCAGACUGGUCACAGAGACGUUCUCCAUCGAGCCUAGUCUCAUGGGUCUCGCCAUCGGAACGAAAGGAUCUAACAUCCAACAGUGUCGUAGCAUGCCGGGCAUACAUUCCAUUGAGGUCAACGAACACACGUGUACAUUCAAGAUUACUGGAAAUACGACCCGCGAAGUGCUCGAUGCCCGCAAGCGCUUGGAGUACCAUUGCGAAGUUGUCUACAUUCCCAAAGCGUAUACUGGACGUGUCAUUGGAAAGAAUGGCCAGAAAAUCCAGGAGAUUGUCGCAAAGUCCAAUGUGCUGAGAGUCAGCAUCGAGUCCGAGGAUGAGAAUGGACAGGUUCCCUUUCAGUUUACUGGCCUCAAGGAGUCAGUGGAGACAGCGAAGAUUGUUCUAGAGUAUCAACUGGCAAAUUUCAAGGAGCUAGAAGCCUUGGUCAGCCCGUCGUCCAAGAACGCCCGUUUCUCGCCACUGUCUCCGAACGCACCUUCUUCAGUUGUUUCAACCGAUUUCCCAGACGGCACUCUCUACAAGGAGGGUGUUGAUGGCAAAGCCAGCAGAGGCCCCGCAUUCCCUACCCGUAUGUCAUCUGGCAGUUCCGACGCAGGAGCAGGUGUUUCCACGCCAAAUGGAAAUGGCAAUGGCAUUCACGACGCUCAGGAUAUCUCGGCCCUGACUGGACAGAUUGCUGGAGUCAAUUUGACAACAAACAAGGAUACAGGCAGCUCUCCACGCAGCCCGGCCUCUGGAGACGGGACCUAUCAUGCUCAUCCUCGCGCUACUGCUAUGCGCAGCAUGUCGGCAUCCACGGGCGUGAUGCCGGGCAGCCACAGCCCGUUCAAGCGCACCGCGUCCACCUCGAUCCUGCCGGAGAACUCCGACUACAACCCAUCCACACCAGUGGUGGUGAACAUGACCAAUGGCUCUACCACCCAGCGCUACCCACUCACCGCAGCCACCAAGUCUGCCACUAUCAACGAGGAGAACGGAAUUGCCUCCGUGUCAGCCGCCGACAAGGACGGCAUCGCGAGCAACGGCAUUUCACCGUCACCGCACAACAAGGAGAAUGUUGAUGUUUCCGCCUCUCCCAAAGCAGGUGACAUUCCGCAGGCUUCCGGUUCCAUGGUGGACGUUGUUACCCCAGCCCCCGCAGCCGUCAAUGGAGAAGUCCACUGAAAGACGUUUGAUCACGUUCCAGAGUAACGUACGACGUAAGUGAUCUCUUCUGUGGCAGUUACCGUCGACCAAAAAAAUCCAUUCAAUACUUCUGUUGCCAUUACUCAACGACUGGUUCUGUCUCUUGACUAAAAAAACAAACUCAAUCACCUCAUAAUUAUCCUGUGCAAUUUCAUCAUCUACUGGAUCUCGUGUUGCGUUCUUUUAAUCGGUACUCUGAAGUCUGUCUCUCGGCGUUCCCCGUAUUUACACCUGUUUUGAUGGAGUUGGGUUCGCAAUCGUUACCAUGUAUCUCUUGUACUUCCUUUUUUUAUUUCUGAAAUUCCCAAAUCAACUGCGGAGAGAAGAAGAUUGAUCUUACUGUUAGAGUACGCACGCUCUCCGCAUAUACUCGCAUGAUAGACGAUCCUAUACUGCCUACCGAUCAGCCAACUCCAACCGAUGCCCUGUUUCAAAAUCGUUCAUGACAAGCACAUUAGUUGUACUGACGGUAUCGUCCUCUCACUUCUUCUUCUUCUUCUUCUCUCUCUCUCUCUCUCUCUCUCUCUCUCUCUCUCCUCUUUCUUUCCGCGGUGCUUAUAAAACGGCAUUCUCUUUGAUGGGCAUGAGUAAAUCACAUCUAUUUGAGUUUUUAUCACUUACUGUUUGUUUGCCUGAAAAGCUUCCAGCAUUCCUCUGUUUUAACAAGAUGAGCUGAUUGCUCUGUUUUCGCUAACCAAUUCCAUUUUUUUUCUUUUGAACCCUAUAGCUGUCGUUGAUUGCUGCAGCAGCUGGUGAGGUCCCGUAUUCCGACGGGGACGUUUCUUUCCACAAUUUUUAUCAUUCCAAGCUGCUGUUUUAGUAAAUUACCCCGCGUCCCACCGCACAUGGUAUUCAAACCUUCCUCUCAGCCUGGGUUCUUUCUCAUAGUUCCUGCAACCUUUCACACUCUCUCUCUUUCUCUCUCUCUCAACCGGUGCAACCAUUCCCUGCUGUUUUUUUUAAUACUUGACGGACAACAUUGUUCCCAUUCUAGCUAUUGGUUCACUUUGCUUUCCUCCAGAUAAUCCUUGCUCCACUGAUGUUGGCUGCUGCUCUUUUUCUCCAAUUUCUGUUUUCACCGACAACUUGUAGCUCCCAUUCUCGAGUGUUGGCUAAUGAUGCUCGUGGAUAUUUUUUUACCAAUUACCGUUCUCGCUCUCAGAUAAAGCCAUACUCCAAACUGGCAUUAGGCAAUGUUAUUAGCUCUAGCCCCUGUCACUGUACCGGAUCCAUCUGCAAUAGGUUUUACCCGAUACUGAU